GGGAGAAGUUUAGAGAGUUUGAGCGGUGCGACGGAUUUGGAAACUGAGGCCUGGGGUGAAGAACAGGCUGUAGCGACUCGUGGGGCUUUCCUCAGCUCCUCCUCCUCCUGCAUGGACUUUGUGCCUGCUUGCGCAAAGCGAGAAGGUUGAGGCUGAGGGAGAAAGCGAGUUUGUCCCGAAUGGUGGUUCCCAGUGGGUGAACCAGCCUGAUGCUGGGUAGUUAUUAUUAACGCGAAACACUAGCAAUGAAAGUAAUUUAUAGUAGGAGAACACGCUCUUCACUUUGCAAAAGCCGAAACAGGAUUACACCAGAUCGUAUUUGUACCUAACUCAAAACGAGUACGUUUGGAUUUAAGAGAAGACAGUAUUCUACUGAACUCUGCCACAGUUUGUAUUUGACGUCUCCAGUCAAAGGCUAAGUGUUUGUGUACAGGUGUUCCAAGGAGGCGCCAUGUCCACCCUGUACCCAUCUCUGGAGGACCUGAAGAUGGACCAAGCUAUUCAGGCCCAGGCCAGAGCUGCAUCCAGGAUGCCUGCCCUGCCAGUCUCCCAGUCUUCAGUUUUGUACCCAAGCCUGGCAGAAUUGGAAAAUUACAUGGGUCUUUCCCUCUCCAGCCAAGAAGUCCAGCAGAACCUGCUUCAGAUUCCAGAAGGUGCUACCACAGUGAGCUCUGGCCCCUCACUGGGCCAGCUGGUGGCACCACUGUCUGGGAACAGCCUUGGCACACGGCAUGCGGAGAUCAAGCCUGGGGUACGUGAGAUCCAUCUGUGCAAGGACGAGCAUGGCAAGACAGGGCUGCGGCUGAAGGCCAUUGACCAGGGGCUCUUUGUGCAGCUGGUGAAGGCCCACAGCCCUGCGUCUCUCGUGGGGCUACGCUUCGGGGAUCAGAUCCUGCAGGUUGACGGGCGUGACUGUGCCGGGUGGAGCACGGACAGAGCCCACCGGGUGCUGAAGAGGGCGUCGGCCGAGAAGAUCAUCAUGGUCGUUCGGGACAGGCCCUUCCAGCGGACUGUCACCAUGCACAAGGACAGCAUGGGCCACAUUGGCUUUGUCCUCAAGAAGGGAAAGGUGGCCUCUGUGGUCAAAGGGAGUUCGGCGGCCCACAACGGGCUCCUCACCAACCACGCCGUGUGUGAGGUGAACGGGCAGAACGUCAUUGGGCUGAAGGACAAAGAGGUCACAGAGAUUCUGGCCAUGGCCGGGAAUGUUGUCACCUUGACCGUUAUCCCCACCGUGAUCUACGAGCACAUGGUCAAAAAGUUGUCCCCCACCCUGCUGCACCACACCAUGGACCACUCGAUUCCAGCCGUCUGAAGCCAGGAGAGAGAAGCUCAGCCGUCCUAGCCUCCCACCCUCCUGCAGGAAAGGGCGAGUCCUAGAUGCUGGGGGAGGCCGGCUGUCAGGCCAGGGCUGUCCUGAGGGGGCACCUUCCGGGUGGGCAGCCACUGAGGCACAGGCCCCCUCAGGGCCUCCGGCUGGGAGCUGCACAGGGUCCCAUAGGCAGUGACUCCCUGUGCCGGUUGAAAUGCGGGGCACGUAGGCAGGCUGGCCAAACACUUCUUAAAGUUGCCACUGGGUCCCUUGUAAGAUUUUUGCUGCCUCUACCAGCAAAACAGUUUCACAUUUUGAGAGAACACAACUUCAUUCUUUAAUUUUUUUUUUCUCUUGGCUUGCUGUGUGUCACAAACUGUACAUAGUACCACUGCUUUUGAAUAGAUGGGAUUUUAAAUACAAGCCCUCUUCAAAAGUAAUUGAAAAUUCCAGAAUCCUUGGCCCCAUGACAUGCCAGGCCUGGUUUUCUUCUAAGCAGAGGUGACACGUGGUCUCUGAGAGCAGAGAUUUGGCCAGUCCUGAGGUGGCAGUGACUGGAGAGGGGGAGCCGUGUGGGAUUCCGGAGGAGGGACACUGGCCUCAGAGCACCCCUGCUCGGUCUGCUUCCACAUCUGUGGAGCGGAUAGGAAGCCCACUUCAGGGGUGCCGGAGGGCCUGCGGUGCACUGGAAGGCCCAGCAGGGCUGACCCUUGCGGGGGGGGGGGGGCAGGGGAGGCCCUUCUAGAUCCUAGAUCCUUUGUGGGACCCAGGACGGGAGUGACUGUCUCAUGCUGCGAUAGGCACACGGCGGUGCUGAGCCAGCACGCGGCUCUCUGGUUCCCUCCACCUCAGAAGGGAGCUCUUUCCCCUCAGCCCUUCCCUGUGUGUCCACUGUGCCUCCCAGCUUGGCAGGGAUGGUUUGAGCCCCUUGUAUCCCUC